AUGGCAUUGUCUAAUGAAGUUGAGGCAUUGGUGAACCAAGGAGUAAAACUACUGGCUUCUAAAAAGUACGAUGAUGCUGCAGAGAAAUUCUCGAAUGCCUGCGAGUUGCACUUGCAAGAGACUGGCAGAGAUGAUGCAGGAUUGCUGUUUCUUUAUGGUAAGGCGCUCUUUGAAAACGCAGUUUCCAAGUCCGAAAUUCUAGGUGGUCAAUCAGAGGAGCAGGAAGAAGAAAAACCGCAGCAGGAUGAUGAAGCUAAUGAAGUUGGGAAGGAUGGAACAGGAAACUUUUCAUUCAGUGAGGACGUCCCCCUCGCUGAAGCUGAUGAGGAUCAAGUAGUAGCAGCUGAAGAAGAAGCUGAAGACGAAGUUCAACAAGAAGGGCCAAAAGAUACAAAGCAUGAUGGUAACCAACAGAGUGCCUCAGAAGAGCACGAAGAGAAUGAAAAUGUGCCUAAAGAGGAUUCGGAAUUUGAUAUUGCCUGGGAUGUUCUGGAUUCCGCACGAGGACUUUUUGAAGAGCAAUUGAAACAGCAUCCACAAACGGUACCUGAUGUUCCUCCUCUGAAGGGCGUCAGAGAUGAGCCAAAGGAUCAAAUAACCAAAAUCAAAAAGAAUUUGGCCGAUGUUUACGACUUUUUGGGUCAGGUGUCAUUGGAAACUGAAAACUUUGCUCAAGCAUCCAUAGAUUUUGCCAAUUGCUUAAAGUAUCGUAAAGAAUUAUACCCUGCAUAUAGUCAGCUCAUCAGUGAGUCCCAUUACAUGAUCUCACUAGCGCUGGAGUUCACAAAAGAGGAAGGAGCCAAUGAAGAGGAGACUUUAAAACUUGAAGAGAAAGCCAGGUUACAGGCAGUUGAACACAUGAAACAAGCAAUAUCAUGUAUAAAACAGAGAUACAGUCUGCCGGAAACCACUUCGAAAGAUGAAAACUUAUUGCAAGACAUGGAGCAACGACUCCAGGAAUUGGAGAGAGACCCACUGAAAGAGUUGGAGCAACAAAAGAUGGACAUUUUAAAAGGAAUCCUGGGCCAAGCAACUUCAAACUCAUCUUCCGAAAAGGAACAGGAUGCCAACAAGCCAGUCAACGACCUAACGGGAAUGGUAAGGAAAAGAAAAGCGAACGUCAAAAACUCACCUAACAAAAGAACGAACUAA